UCCAGGCUGCGCGCGGCUUUCCCGGACGACGACAUGGCGCGGGAGCUGCGGGUGCUGCUGCAGUGGGGCCGCUGCCUGCGGCCCUCGCUGCGGGCUCCGGCGCUGGCGGCCGCCCCCGGAGGAAACCCAGUUGUGUGUCCUCAGAGGAUCCCAGUGCAGUUCAGGGGCCCCAGGCGAAACCUGGCUUCAAGCAUCUACGUGGGACGGCCGUAUAGCACUCAGGCUGCCGAGGACAAGAAGGAGGAGGCCCUGCAUUCCAUCAUCAGCAGCACAGAGACAGUGCAGGGUUCAGCCUCCAAACACGAGUUCCAGGCAGAGACAAAGAAGCUUUUGGAUAUUGUGGCCCGUUCCUUGUACUCAGAAAAAGAGGUGUUUAUACGGGAGCUCAUCUCCAAUGCCAGUGAUGCCCUGGAAAAACUGCGUCACAAAUUGGUGUCUGAUGGCCAGGCACUGCCGGAAAUGGAGAUUCACCUGCAGACUGACUCUGAGAAAGGCACCAUCACCAUCCAGGACACUGGCAUCGGGAUGACAGAGGAGGAGCUGGUAUCCAACCUGGGCACAAUUGCCAGAUCAGGGUCAAAGGCCUUUCUAGAAGCACUGCAGAGUCAGGCAGAGGCCAGCAGCAAGAUCAUCGGCCAGUUUGGAGUCGGUUUCUACUCGGCCUUCAUGGUAGCUGACAGAGUUGAGGUUUAUUCCCGCUCGGCGGCCCCAGGGAGCCCAGGUUACCGGUGGCUUUCAGAUGGUUCUGGAGUGUUUGAAAUCUCCGAAGCUUCGGGAGUUAGAACUGGGACCAAGAUAAUCAUCCACCUCAAAUCAGACUGCAGAGAGUUUGCCAGCGAGGCCCGCGUGCGAGAUGUGGUAACAAAGUACAGUAACUUUGUGAGCUUCCCCCUGUACCUUAAUGGAAGACGGAUUAACACCUUGCAGGCCAUCUGGAUGAUGGAUUUGAAGGAUGUCACUGAGCUCCAGCAUGAGGAGUUCUACCGCUACAUCUCCCAGGCUCAUGACAAGCCUCGCUACACCCUGCACUACAAGACAGAUGCACCACUCAACAUCCGGAGCAUCUUCUACGUGCCAGAGACGAAACCAUCCAUGUUUGAUGUGAGCAGGGAGCUGGGCUCCAGCAUUGCACUCUACAGCCGCAAGGUCCUCAUCCAGACCAAGGCCACAGAAAUCCUGCCCAAGUGGCUGCGUUUCAUUCGAGGUGUGGUGGACAGUGAGGAUCCCCUGAACCUCAGCCGAGAGCUCCUGCAGGAGAGUGCACUCAUCCGGAAACUCCGGGAUGUCCUACAGCAGAGGCUAAUAAAGUUCUUCAUUGACCAGAGCAAAAAAGAUGCUGAGAAAUACACAAAGUUUUUUGAAGAUUAUGGCUUGUUCAUGAGGGAGGGCAUUGUGACGACUGCAGAGCAAGAGGUUAAGGAGGACAUUGCAAAGCUGUUGCGCUACGAGUCCUCAGCACUGCCUGCCGGGCAGCUGACCAGUCUGUCGGAGUAUGCCAGCCGCAUGCAGGCCGGCACCCGUAACAUCUACUACCUCUGUGCACCCAGCCGGCACCUGGCUGAGCACUCGCCAUACUAUGAGGCCAUGAAGCAGAAGCACACCGAGGUCCUCUUCUGCUAUGAGCAGUUCGAUGAGCUCACCCUGUUGCACCUACGCGAGUUUGACAAGAAGAAGCUAAUCUCAGUGGAGACAGACAUUGUCGUUGAUCACUAUAAGGAGGAGAAGUUCGAGGACACGUCCCCAGCUGGUGAGCGCCUGUCCGAGAAGGAGACAGAGGAGCUGAUGGCCUGGAUGAGGAACGCACUGGGGUCUCGAGUUGCCAAUGUGAAGGUGAGGUAACUCUCCGCCUUGGACACCCAUCCUGCCAUGGUGACCGUGCUAGAGAUGGGCGCCGCCCGGCACUUCCUGCGCAUGCAGCAGCUGGCCAAGACCCAGGAGGAACGCGCCCAGCUGCUCCAGCCCACUCUGGAGGUCAACCCCAGGCACAUGCUGAUUAGGAAGCUCAGUCAGCUGAGAGAGCGUGAGCCGGAGCUGGCCCAGCUGCUUGUUGAUCAGAUCUAUGAGAAUGCCAUGAUAGCUGCUGGGCUCGUUGAUGACCCCAGACCCAUGGUCAGCCGCCUGAAUGACCUUCUUGUCAAGGCCCUGGAGCAACACUGAUGGGCUAGGCCUGGUGUAUGUACACCUGGGGUCUUCUCAGGGACAAAUUGAGACCUGUGCCUAGGAAGUAUCUUCUAGGCAGGGAGAGGAAGGACUAGAUACUACAGAGGAGACUACCAUCU